AUUUUUUAAUGAAACCCAAACUUAAACUCAGAAAAUUAAUAAAAAAAACGCUUGUAACGCCUCACAAAUAAUCAUGGAUAUAAAUUACUUCAAGGAAUCCUUAGACUCGCUAAUGCACUCUGGUGUAACAUUAUUAAGCCCUGAGGAAAUGAUAUUAAUUGAGAAUUCAUUACUGGCAUUACAAGCGAAAAAUCGUUUUACAUACAUUUACUUCUGGGGUCGUAUAAAUGGGAUAGAGCGGGACUAUUUUAUUGCAUUCGGCUGCCUACGAGACUGCCUAAAGGAUAGAAAGUUUUUCUAUAGUCUAGACGGUUAUCAGUGGCUUAUGCUGCCAUUUUUACAAUGUGAAAGGGGUUUUCAAGCAACACUUCUAUGCCGUCAGCCGUUCUGUGGUGAUCCAAGUUCGAUAAAUUGUGUAAAGUUGGAUCCCUCAUUUGAAACGGGUGCUAAUCAUAUAAUAUCUGCAAAUUUACCCGAAGAAAUCAAACUUAAGGAAGAGGAUCGUUUGGCUGCUGUUGUCUUUAUUAUAACUGAGGAAUGUGCUAUGUGCCCUCGAGGUGCACUAUACAAACUUACCGACGGACGUGUGGUGCCAAAUCAAAUGUUUCGCGGACUUAACGAAUUGCAAUGCGAAGACUUAUCUUUUUAUCAGAUCUAUCGAUUGCCGCGCAACGAUCUUCGAACGAAUUUGUCCAAACGAAGCGACUACAACUACACAAUCGAUUUCUUGGAUUCAAUUGAAGAUGUAAUCGCGAAGGACCAUGCAUUUUCAUUGAAUUUACUACGCAAUGAACGUUUUAUUGUUAUAAAAUCUCUGAUUUGGCAGGGUAUGACCUUUUUCCACAAAAUUAAUUCCCAUAAACAUGGAUUUCUAUAUAUAGGGGAUGGGAAGCAAAAUAAUGACUUUCCUUUUAUGUUUUGAAACAAUUACCACCUUCCAAUGCUUAUGUAUUUUGCAAUAAAGAGUUAUUUCCACUUAA